CCUUGCAGGUUAUAUUACUCCCUGGAUUAGGAUUAGAAGAAGGGGAAAGAAAAAAAAGAUUAGCUCACUCUUUUUGCAUUACUCAGUUUCAUUCUCUCUGGGUGCUCAAGAAUGGAUUUACCUUCAAGUGUCACUGUCACCUGGAACAUUCGGCACCAUAUGUGAGAAGAGAGCUAGAAGUAAACGGAGAACGACUUCCACGUAUUAUUUUACAGAAAACUAUCCUAAAUCAAUUUCAAAUGCAUCCUGAAGAUGAAAAGCAGAAGCGUACUGUCGAUGGAAAUACAUAUGAGAUCGCUACCUCCAUCCAGGAUCAAGAUCCAGAAGACAAAAAGAAGGAAAAGAAGAAGAAAGGGGAAAAGCCUAAAAUGGUCAGCCCGUUAGCACUGUUUCGAUACUCCAGCUGCACAGACAAAUUAUUAAUGAUAUUUGGCUCUCUCUUGGCAAUAGCCCAUGGAAGCAGUCUCCCUAUAGCAAUGAUAAUUUUUGGUGACAUGACUGAUAGUUUUGUUACUUCUGGUGACACAAAUUUUACAGGAAACCUUUCUGCACUGAAUUCCUCUUUAGAGAUGCUUGACAAGUUGGAAGAAGAUAUGACAAGAUAUGCAUACUACUAUUCUGCAAUAGCAGCUGCUGUUCUUGUUGCUGCUUAUGUCCAGACCUCAUUCUGGACACUGGCAGCAGGCCGACAAGUUAAAAAAAUUAGAAAAAAUUUUUUUCACGCAAUUAUGAGACAGGAAAUUGGAUGGUUUGAUGUAAAUGAUGCAGGAGAACUUAACACUCGUCUCAUAGAUGAUGUCAGCAAGAUUAAUGAAGGAAUAGGUGAUAAAAUUGGAUUGCUUAUUCAGUCAGAAACGACUUUUAUAGCAGGAUUUAUUGUUGGUCUUGUAAGAGGAUGGAAAUUAACCCUUGUAAUACUUGCAGUCAGUCCUGUCCUAGGACUUUCAGCAGCCAUCUGGGCAAAGAUUCUCACUGCGUUCACCGACAAAGAGCAAGCUGCAUAUGCAAAAGCCGGAGCUGUUGCAGAGGAAGUUCUGGGUGCAGUCCGUACGGUAAUAGCUUUUGGAGGGCAAGAAAAAGAAAUUAAAAGGUAAGAGCAAUGCUUACUUUCAUCAGCUAUUG